GAUCCAAUUUCCCCCCUUCUCCUCUCUCUCUCUCUCUCUCUCUCUCUCUCAAGUAGCCAACUUGGAAGAGGAAAAAAGGAAGAAGAGGAGGGUGGAGAACGAAAGCAAAAGAUCCAAAUUAAUGGUGGGUUCCCCUUUUCCCACUCUCUCCUUCAUCUUUUCCUCUCCCCUUUUGAACUUCUUCCUCCUCACUUUAUUUCUUCUUUUUUGAUCAACUGGAGUUCACAUAUAAUUCUCGCCUUCACUCUUAAGCUAACACCACCCCUAGCCCCAAGCCGCUUUACCAUUACAACAACAAAUGGAGGAAGAAUUGGAAGUGGCGGGGAGAUGGGAAGGGUAUGUGGAUUGGAGGAACAGGCCUGCGAUUCGAGGCCGCCAUGGCGGCAUGCUGGCUGCUUCCUUUGUUCUCGUUGUGGAGGUGCUGGAGAACCUGGCGUACCUGGCGAACGCGAGCAACUUGGUGAUGUACAUGUCAGAGUUCAUGCACUUCUCGCCCUCCAAAUCGGCAAAUAAUGUCACCAACUUCAUGGGCACGUCUUUCCUUUUGGCCCUCCUCGGUGGCUUCCUUUCCGACGCUUUCCUCACCGCCUAUCAGAUCUACCUCCUAAGUGCCGCCGUUGAAUUCAUGGGUUUGGUGAUCCUUACAAUCCAAGCUAGGUCACCAUCACUACAACCACCAACAUGCACCCCAGGAAGCAACUCAUGCGAGACGGUCCACGGAGGGCAAGCUGCAAUGCUCUUCAUCGGCCUCUACUUAGUCGCCCUCGGAGUCGGCGGGAUCAAAGGCUCGCUCCCUCCGCACGGCGCCGAGCAGUUCGACGACAACACACCAAAAGGAAGGAAGCAGAGAUCCACCUUCUUCAACUACUUCGUCUUCUGCCUCUCCACCGGCGCCCUAAUCGCCGUCACGUUCGUGGUUUUGAUUGCGGCAUCAAUCAACCGAUGUGUGAACAAAACUCCAAGCAAUGCCAUAGUAAACUUGGCUGCAAGCCCAUGCAACCCUCCACCACCUCCACCACCACAACAACAACAACAAGCAUCAUCAACAACAACAAAGGAAUCAACAACAACUGAAAAUGGAGCUAGCCAUCCCAAUCCCAAUCCCAAUCCAAACCCUAAUCCGGAAACCCUAACAAAGAGCCUCAGCUGCCUGAACACCGCCGUGAUGAGCAAGCCUUUCCAAUGCACGGUCCAACAAGUGGAAGACGUGAAGGUGGUGAUCAAAGUCCUCCCCAUCUUCGCCUGCACCAUCAUGCUCAACUGCUGCCUCGCCCAGCUCUCCACCUUCUCCGUCCAACAAGCCGCCACCAUGACCACCAAGCUCGGCUCCUUAAAAGUCCCGCCGGCUUCCUUACCAAUCUUCCCCGUCGUCUUCAUCAUGAUCCUCGCCCCGAUCUACGACCACUUCAUCAUCCCCUUCGCCAGGCGACUCACCAAGUCCGAGACGGGCAUCACCCACCUCCAGCGAAUCGGGGUCGGGCUGUUCCUCUCCAUCGUCGCCAUGGCCACCGCCGCACUCGUGGAGAUCAAGAGGAAGAGAGUCGUCGCCGCCGCCACCAUCGACGACAGAGAGCCGCCGCUGCCGAUCACUUUCUUCUGGAUAGCGUUUCAGUACUUGUUCUUGGGUUCGGCGGAUCUCUUCACGCUGGCGGGGCUGUUGGAGUUCUUCUUCUCCGAGGCGCCGGCGAGCAUGAGGUCGCUGGCCACGUCGCUGUCGUGGGCUUCGCUGGCGAUGGGGUACUACCUCAGCUCGGUGAUCGUGUCGGUGGUGAACGACGUGACUAGGUUGUCGGAUCACAAGCCGUGGCUGUCCGGAGGGAACAUCGACCACUAUCACUUGGAGAGAUUCUACUGGCUUAUGUGCGUGCUGAGUGUCUUGAACUUCUUGCACUACCUACUCUGGGCUUGUCGCUACAAGUACAGAUCAGUAUCAUCGUUGUUGUCGUCGUCGUCGCCGUCAACAUAACUGCAGCUUCUAGUGGGUGAGGAGGAACAAUGUGGUUGAGGUUGAGAGAAGAAAGGGUUUUUGUACAUAAGUUAAGAGCCAUAGGGAGGAAAGUCGGAGAGGAGGAGAAGGAAAAAGAAAGAAAUUUACGUGGUGCUGGCUGAUUAUGGGAAGUUAACCUGGUGCCAGCUGGCAAUGGAUAGGAUUUUUUUUUGGUGGUAUUUGGGCCUUAAUUUGUUAGUGAAUAGUGAUAGUUCUUCUUUGGCUUCAAAAAUGUAAAACCCCCAAUGUUUUUUGUCUUCCUGGAAAACUUUGGUUUGUUUUUCAUCACUGUGUUCGGAGUAGUUAGCUAGCUUUGCCACGUACCAAAGUUUUUUACAGGAUCGAAUAAACAAAUGAAGUGGGAAUGUAGCUCAGAUGGUAGAGUGCUUGCUUUGCAUGUAGAGAUAACAAUAUAUCAUGUAUUUCAAAUUAGAUUGUCUUUUUCAUCUACUAAUUUCAAGUGCU